GAAAGAGUAGAUGUCCCACAAACUAUAGAAGAUCUUAAAGAAAAUAAUAUAGAUGUUGAUCCCAAUUCACAGCUUUAUGAGCUUAUGAAAAAGAGCGAAAAGAUUAUUUAUAAUAGUAAUGAUCGAACAUUCCAAUAUAAG